CGACGUCCUGAGUAGACUCGUGACGUAAGCACGUGUGUGUCAAGGGGGGACAAAUGCCGUCAACUGACUACUAGAGACAUUUUCCCGGCUUUGGCUGCACAUUUCUUGUCAUCAAUGGAGUCUUGUUAUUAAUAUAUACUGCGCAUCUCUGCAAACUAAGAUAAUCUUCAGAAAAACUAUACAAAAAUUAGAGUAGUUAUUUUAUUGUAAAUUCAGAAUAACAACAAACUCAACAAUUUUUUUAAAAAAACAUUCCCUUUUUGUUGUUUUUUAGAAACUUACAACAAAAAAUAAGAAAAAAUAAGGGAAAAAAAAGAGAGAAAAACUGAUUUAGGAAAAUAAUUAAUUGUUCUUUUGUGAAUGUAAAGAAUUUGGGAAAAAACACAAAAAAAAAAUGCGAUAUUUUCCGAAUACAAAUAAUGAUGUGGAGAGUGGGUCGCUGGUGACUAUUAACAAAAAGAAAUGGAUCGAUUCUAUCGAAAAUAUUGUAAAAUUGAUAAUAAAUAAGAUGCCGGCAUCAUCCUUGGAAAACUGCGAUGGAGGUUUGUACGUCGGAAAUGCCGGAGUGGCUUAUAUGCUCUACUGUCUGACAAAGUCCGAUGCGUUGGGCGAUGAAUUAAAGAAAUACUGUGCGGAACAAUGCCGUGUGUAUUUCGAUGCGGCUUUGAACUUUGCCGAGAGCACCAACGAUCGAGAUCCUGCAGUGUCCUUCCUGCUGGGCAAGGCCGGCGUAUACUCCGUGGGCACUGCUAUUUCUAGCCUCAACGGAGACCAGGCUCAGGUGGAGAGAUUCAUCAACGAGUACAUUUCCUUAGGGGAGCUUUGUAAACCCAUCAUCAUAUUUCCAUACGGUUCCGAUGAACUUUUCGUGGGCAGAGCAGGUUACCUUUUCGGAUCUUUUUUCAUCAACAAUGUUUUACAGAGAGAGGCUAUUAAACACAAUCUUAGUUUGUGUCAGUCUAUUAUUCAAUCAGGCAAGAAGUAUGCUUCCAAACACGAGUCUCUUUCCCCGUUGAUGUAUUCAUAUCAUGGAACUGAAUAUCUUGGUGCUGCACAUGGCUUAUCAUCAAUUCUGUUGGCAUUACUUUGCACUGAUAAUCUGUUUGAAACUUGUCCAUCUGCUGAAACUGAAAUUAAACAAUCCAUUGACUUUUUACUCUCAAUCGAGCAACCUAAUUCGAACUAUGCACCAGCUAUGGAUGAAGUAAAUAUGGUACAAAAACGUCCUCUUUCAGAAGAAUUAAUCCAUUGGUGUCAUGGUGCUCCAGGUAUUAUUUAUGUUUUUGCACGUGCCUAUCAAGUUUGGAAAGACGAGAAAUACUUGCAAGCAUGUAUCCGAUGCGGAGAACUAACAUGGAAAGCUGGCCUCUUGAAAAAAGGCCCCGGAAUUUGUCAUGGAAUUGCUGGAAACGGUUACGUUUUCUUACUUUUAUAUCGUCUUACGAAAGAUACGAAAUACCUCCACCGUGCCCAGUGUUUCGCUGAAUUUAUUUUUACCACAGAAUUCCAGAAUGGUGCCAGAACACCUGAUGCUCCUUAUAGCUUGUAUGAAGGUUGGGCGGGAACUGUCCUUUUUCUUCUCAGUUUGCUAAAUCCUGAAACCGCAGAAUAUCCUUUCUUCAAUGUGUUAUCAUAACUUUUUAGCUGCAUCUACAUUGCUCUGUGCUUAUCAAAUUGUGCUUUUCUCUCUCUAAAAAUUAAUUUAUGCCUUUAUGCAAAUGAGAUACCAAUUUACUCAUAUAUCUAAAGAACUGCAAUGAGAAUAAAAACGUUAAUUUUCAUUUUGA